AUGGCUGCCUCUCGAAGACUCGGUAUCUACGACUCCAUAUGUGACCUUCAAGAAAAGUUUCGCUCGGCCAUCUAUGAAUAUGGGCGUGUGAUCAGCACUACACAGAAACUACUCAAGGCCUGCCAAAUUCUUGACAUUCCUGUUUUCGCAACAACUCAACUCCGGGCUAAACUUGGAGAGACAUGCAGCGAGCUUGGCCUCGAUAGUCCGGAUGGGAUAAAGACCCAAGCUCACGCUGACAAGAGUGCGUUCUCCAUGUUUGUACCAGAGAUCCGCGAUGCCUUCAAGAAGCUGGGUGGUGAGAAAAGAGAGGUCAUCAUUGUUGGUAUCGAGAGCCAUAUCUGCGUCACGCAGACAACACUCGACCUGCUCAGGGAAGGACACAAAGUUUACAUCAUUGCCGAUGCGGUCAGCAGUUGCAACAAGGAGGAGGUGCCCAUUGCAUUGGCAAGAUUGAGAGCUGAGGGCGCUAUCGUCACCACUAGCGAGUCGUGGCUCUAUGAGUGCAUGGGCGAUGCUUCGGUCCCAGAAUUCAAGCAGAUCGCGAGUCUCGUCAAAGAAUACAACUCCAAGACCAAGGAGGGCCUCCAGGCUCUGUGUAGAUUCUAG